GAUAGCGAUUCCCAGUCCACACCUGAAGAAUCCGAUCGAGACGAGACGAGAUGUGGCAGGGAAAAACUUGUUUACAAGCUAAAUGCGGGCGUGGAAUGUUACGAAAAUGUUGCUGCGUUCCAUAUGCACAUGAUCUGCGGAUGAUCAUGAUCCAUAUAUAUAUAUAUAUAUAUAUACAUAUAUAUAUCGGCGACUUAUGUGCUAACAUAAAACAGAUGACGAACGGCAGCUGUGACUGCCAAUUUCGCCUCAAAAACUAAACAGAUAUCGAUUUACCAAGUGCUCUUUAUAAAUUCGAAUUUUUCAAAACAGAUGCUAUCGUCAUAAAGCAAUCAAAGUUAUUGUAGGUCAAGUCAUAACCAUGCGGAUGGGGUUGAUGGGGGCCCACCGAUUUCUGGAGAACUUAGUCCAGCUUGGCGACUGCAACGGAGGUGAUCUCCAUCAGAAUGGCACGGCGAUCGCAGAUCUGGUUGCUCAGGUGGUCUUUUCCGCUGCUGCUGCUGGUGGCAGUGGCACCGCCGGCGGUCCCCGCCAUCCGCUCCUCGCAGUCGCUGGCCCUCCUCCGGGCACGGGAUCAGUGCAGCCGGGGACUGACUCCCGCCCAGCGGCUCCACCUGGACGGGAUGCAGUUCGAGGACGCUCCGCAUGUGCGCCACUACAUCCAUUGCUUCUGGACGCGCCUGCAGCUGUGGCAGGACGCCUCCGGCUUCCAGGCCCAGAGGAUCGUCCAGAGUUUCGGAGGCGAGAGACGCCUCAAUGUGGAGCAGGCGCUGCCCGCCAUCAACGGCUGCAAUGCGAAGACGAGGGUCAGAGCUUCCGGAUCGGGAUCGGGAUUGGGGUCGGGAUCCCAGGCAGUGGUCGACUGGUGUUUCCGGGCAUUUGCCUGUGUGCUGGCCACACCAGUGGGCGAGUGGUACAAGCGCCACAUGUCCGACGUCAUCAAUGGAAAUGCCUAAAAGUAACCAAAACCAGUCCCACUAUAAACAAUAUAAAAUUAAGUGUAAGCAGUGGGGCUUGGAAUAAUUCCGAACUAACUAAAUGGUAUGACCCCUACUUAAAGUACAAUCAGAA